AUGGACAUGAGAUCAUUGAUCCACCAGGCAUCGUCCCCCCGCAGCAGUAGCAGCUGCUCGUCUGAUCGCACCAGCGUCACUGCCACCAGCAGCUUCCCAGCACCAGUCGUCUCCUCGGUACUGCCUGCAGCACAUGGCACGAGGAUGCAACCGCCGCCGCCGACCGUCUUCCACCCUUCGGCAGCGCCCGGCGCCAUCGCACAGGCGCCGACUCUCGUGCCGCUGCGCUUCAUCAUUCCCAACUCGCGCCCGUCACUCGCGCCCGUUCCAUUGCCUCCCUCGUCCACGUCGGGAAUGCACGAACCAGAGCGCGAGCCGCCGCACUCGAUGCUGUACCCGCUUACUGUUUGCACCAUCAAGAAGGAGCAGCAACAGGACGAGCCGUUUUCUCCCAUGAACGAUCCGCAGCAGCUGAAGAAAAGUACCUCGAGACGCGUGCGCACACCGAAGCUCUCUAGUCGCUCGACGAAGAGCAAAGCUCGACCAGGGCUUCGGAAGGGCAAGUGGACGGAGGAAGAGAGUCGCUACGCCUCCCAGUUGACGCAUUACUUCAAGGAGGGACUACUUCCGCUGGAGAGAGGGACUAUGCUGCGUCUCUACCUCUCGCAGAAGCUCAACUGCGAGCCAAUGCGCAUCACCAAGAAGUUUACUGGCGGUGGGUGCAUCGGCAAGCAAGUGUUUCGUCCUUGCUGCCCCACGCCCGAGUCUCAAGUAAGGAUCAUGCAGGCACAUCUUGAGCUGGUUGCACUCGAGGCUGCGUUUGUAAAGCGCUUGAAAGAGAACCGGGAGGAACCACCACUUUCGACGGAUGAGUUCGACGUGCGGCUGGUUUCGGCAGGCCAGAGGUCGAGACCUGUGCCGCUGAAGCCCAGGAUGUACCAGUCGGGUGACGGUGAUAGAGUGGGAGAUGAAGACGACGCAAACGCUGUAGGCUUGCUGCUUGACUUUUUCUACAAGGCUAAUCGAAAGGAAAAGAAGGGCGGCAAGAAGGCGGCAUUGACAAAGGAAGAUGAGUCGAUCACCAUGGAAACCAAAAGAAAGAUGAUGGAAGAGGAAGAAGAGCAAAUCAAGAAGGUGCUUAUUGGAAUCAGGAUGCCAACUACACCACCCGUGACAAACAGCGAGAACGACGCCUUGAGCGAGUCCCCGACGAAACGUAUGCGCGCACUCUCUGUCAGUGGCUGCGCAGAUACCGCAGCGGCCAAGCGCUCUCGCGUGGGAUCCUUCUCUACCGUCACCGCCGCUUGA